AUGGAUGAUUUGUGGAAUGAAGCAUGGGAUUCUUUGAUUCAAGAGGUGCAGAGGGAAGCCGACGAGGAGGAUGAGGCGGCGGAGGGAUCGAUCAGACUGUCUAAUUUUCAGAAAUGCACCUCUGCAAUAAGGCAGCUUGCCUAUGCCGGACCGACUGAUAUGUUCGACGAAUACCAACAGAUAGGUGAGACGACUAGUCUAGAGGUGUUCCGGCGGUUUUGUAAGGGCAUGCGGGAAGUCUUUGGUCCGGAGUUCCUACGAAAGCCAAACUCUGAUGAGUGCCAGAGACUGCUAGAUAUACACGGUGUGGAGUGGAAAAACUGCCCGGUGGCGUGGAAAGCCCAGUUCACUGCUAGUUUCAAAAGCAAACAUCCUUCGAUGAUCCUGGAAGCCGUUGCUGACUACUGUUUGCGGAUCUGGCAUGCGUAUUUCGGUGUUGCAGUUUCAAACAACGACAUCAACGUUCUGCAGUCGUCGCCUCUCUUCAAUGAUGAGUGCCGGGGAGAGGGUCCAGAGAUCAGUUUCGUAGCAAACGGCACGCAGUAUCGCAUGGGAUACUAUUUGGCAGAUGGAAUAUACCCUCGUUGGCCCGUAUUCGUCAAGACACUUCGCCAACCGGCUGGAGCGAGAAGACAAUAUUUUGCACGAAAACAAGAGGCCGCUAGAAAAGAUGUUGAGCGAGUUUUUGGUGUGCUCCAAGCGGAUGGGCCAUUAUACGCUGCCCGACACGAGUUUGAACGUUGGGCACCGGAAGAUGGUGCAAGUACAAGUCACGGCGUUGCCUCCGCGCCGAUACAGAUGGGUGUACCACGUAGUAAUGAAUAUCUGAUCCAAUGUUUCGCUGAUAUACGCAGGAGCACAACACAUGACCAACUCCAGGUCGAUUUGAUUGAAGAGGUCUGGGCACGUAGGGGAGGCGGCGUAGCGUGA